AUGUCUUACGGCCGAUAUACGCCUCCGCCGUGCUACACGGCGCCGAACGCCAACUCCCCGCUCCUCCCAAAUGAACGCCUCUCGUCUCCUCCAGCCUCCUCUAAUGGUAUCAUCCGGGUUAUCAAAUGGUGUUUCGUAGUUCUUGUUCUGGGUCUGGUCUUGUUUUCCUGGAGUAGGGAACAAACAAUCCGAGCACAUCAAGACGCUGUAUCGAAGAGGGAACAGGCCGUUCUCAUUCAAGAGCGUGCAGUCGCACGCAGAGAAGAGGUCGUUCUUCACAAGGAAGGUAGCCUGUUCACUCUGGAAGUGCAACUCCGUCAGAAAGAGCACGCUGUCCGCGACAGCGAAGAUGCCGUCGCACGCAGGGAGAAUGCCGUCUAUGCGCAGGAGCGCGAAGUAUCACGCAGAGAACAGGCUAUCAGCGUGAGAGAGCGUUCUGUUGUAUAUAGGGAGGACACGGUCCGCGCCAGGGAAGAGGCCAUGCGCGCAGACGACGAGCGUAGGAUUCGUGCGCACCUCAUCUGGACGGAUCCAGUCGCCGAGCAGCGUUGUUUAAGUUACGAGAAAAGGAUGUACCAUGCCGAGUUGCAGAACGUUCCGGAAGGGGAGAACGCGCAGAAAUGGUGUAUGCAGACGAGCAUCAAUAUUCAUGGGAUCGCAUAUGACCAUCCGGAUUCUUGCACCAUGGUCCAGGCAGACGGUGGCAUGAAAGUAAUCGGACACUGGACUGUGACUGGAAACGAACCGACAUGUCGGACGUGGUGGGGAAAUCACGAGAAAAAAGAAUGUUUUGGAUCUCACCAGCGGCGCGUCGAGGCUCACUUGUACAAUCAUCAACAACCCUGGGACAACUGGUCAGAGAUGUGUUUCUCGACCCCGUCUGACUUUGCGUGGCAGUCCUUUGCCCACCCUGAUACCUGCGAGAACGCUGGCACGGGUGGGAUCAUUGGGUCGUGGUUCAUUAAUGUUGACACAAAGGAGUGUCCGUGA